AUGGAAGACCACGAGAACGAGCUUCCCAACGGUCACCAGCCAUCGACUGAUCUAUCGGAGUACACUGCCCUCAAUCGCUUUAUCGCCACUACGACCACCGCCAGUCAUGCCGCACCGUCAGUAACCGACAAGGAUUCUGACGACCCCACUUCGCACCCACCCCGGCGGAAAUUCUGGCGGCAGUCUCACGACAGCACAGACGAGAAGGGUGGUGGGCCCUUCCAGACUCCCUCGGAGUCGCUGGACACUGUUAUCUCGUCGGGUCUCCCGGAAGCCGAGGUUGACGGACGGCGGAAGAAGUGCGGAUGGAAUGAACUGGCCAGUGAAAGCCCCAACAAGCUGCUUCAGUUCAUCGCAUAUUUCCGGGGUCCGAUACUGUAUGUGAAGGAGCUCGCCCUGUUCCUCGUGGCUGGCCUGCGCGACUGGAUCGAUUUUGGCGUGAUUAUUGGAAUUCUCCUGUUGAACGCGAUCGUUGGAUGGUACCAGGAGAAACAAGCCGCGGAUGUGGUCGCCAGCCUAAAGGGCAACCUCGCCAUGAAGGCAAUUGUGGUGCGAGAUGGGGAGGAAAAGGAGAUCUUGGCUCGUGAGGUCGUCGUGGGGGACAUUCUCAUUCUGGAGAAAGGCAAUGUCAUCCCUGCGGAAGCACAAUUGAUCUGUGACUAUACGAUUGUUGCCGCGGACCAGUGUGCGAUUACUGGUGAAUCCCUCGCUGUCGACAAAUUCAUGGGGGAUGUCUGUUAUUACACGGCCAGCUGUGAGAAAGGCAAGGCGUACGCCAUCGUGACUGCCUCGGCGAAAGACACCUUCGUGGGGAGAACCGCAUCGAUCGGCAAAACCGCCAAAGACCAGGGCCACUUCAAGGCCGUGAUGGACUCCAUCGGCACUACCCUGCUGGUACUGGGUAUGUUCUGGAUCCUCGUUGCGUGGAUUGGGGGCUUUUACCGGCACCUGCGCAUCGCCACCCCGGAAAAUGAUGACAACAAUCUCCUGCACUGGACUUUGAUUCUCCUGAUCGUCGGAGUCCCGGUGGGACUGCCCGUGGUGACUACGACUACACUGGCUGUUGGCGCAGCGUUCCUGGCCCACAAGAAGGCCGUGGUGCAGAAGCUGACCGCGAUCGAGUCGCUGGCUGGGGUGGAUGUGCUCUGUACUGAUAAGACCGGUACUCUGCCAGCCAGCAAGCUCUCAGUACGCGAGCCUUAUGUCGCGAGCGGAGUGGAUGUGAAUUGGAUGUUUGCGGUUGCCGCCAUCGCAUCUUCGCACAAUACGCGCAAUCUCGAUCCGAUUGACCGGGUGACCUUGCUUGCGUUGCGCCGAUAUCCCAACGCACGCGAGAUACUGUCUCGUCCGUGGGUUACGGAGGACUUCACCCCAUUCGACCCAGUGUCGAAGUGCAUCACCACCACUUGCACGUGCGAAGGAGUACGGCAUGUUUGUGCAAAAGGGGCGCCGAAGGCGAUCAUCAAGCUUGCGGGCCAUCCCAAGGCCGAAGCCGAGCAACACAAGAACAAGGCCCAGGAGUUUGCGCUCCACGGGUUUCGCUGCUUGGCCGUCGCAGUCAAGGAAGGAGAUAAGGACUGGCAGUUCCUGGGACUCUAUUCUAUAGGGCACUGCAUGAGAAAUUCUUUUUGA